AGAAGAAUAGAAUGCGGGAAGAAGCAGGGAAAAAGAAAGAAAAAGAAAGUGGAAAGAAAAAAAAGAGAGAAAAAAAAGAAAAAGAUAAAGAAGAAAAAAGAAUAGAAUACUUGAAGAAAGAAAACAAUGAAAAAAAGCAGAAAAGAAAAAAAAGAAAAGUGAAAGAAAAGAAAAAAAAAAACCAAAAAAGUAAAAAGAAAAAGCUAGAAAAGGAAGAAAAAGAAAAAAAAGUAGAUAAAAAAGAAUGGAGUGCAAGAAGAAAAAUCGAAAAGAAAACUGGAAACGAAAAGCGGAAAAGAAAAGAGAGAAAAGAAAAAAAAAAAAAAAAAGAAAAAAAAGAAAAAAAAGAAAAAAAGUAG